AUAGUAGAAUUUAACAAAGCUAUGAUAAAUUCAAUUAAGAAUAUCAGUCAUUUCCGCAUUUUUCAAUAUCAUCGUUGCCCCAUUGACGAAAUCAUCCUGCCAUUAAAUAUUUACAUCGUUACUUUAUUUUGUAAAUCAGACAUUCACAUUCAUAAUUAAACCAUACACCAAACCAAACUAACGAAACUCGUCGAAUAUAAUCGAGUUACUCAAUGGAAAAUUGUUUCAUAGAGAAACACCUAAAUCAUUAAAAAAAUAAACAUCACGUCUCUUUCAUAAUCAAUGAAUAAAUUUCCCAAAACUGCAAUUUUCAAUUAUUUCCAUCUCUUCAUAUAAAUAUCACAGGAAAUAAGAAAAGAGAAAGAGCAAUAUCCCCAAAUAUCCAUAUCCUUCCUAAAAAUAACAACAUCCCCAACAAGAAAACAUUUAUAUUCCUCAAGAAAAGAAAAAAAAUCGAUCCUCGAUCCUCGAUAUCCGAGGAGGGAUAAAAAAAAUCUUCCCUCGGCAUCAUCGUUCACGCUCGAACGUUUACACACUGCGCGCGUCGGUGUAGGCGUCGCGACGCCUCGCGCCGACGUGCUUCUCUCGCCCCCUUCCCUCCCCCGCCCGUGUUUCGCCCGUUGAAUCCAGCACGUGGCAUCAAAGGGAAGAUAUACGGCGGGGUGGCCGCCUGUUCCCGGCCAAACGGCGACGACCCUCGCUCGUCGUCGCUCGUUCUCGCGCGCGCGAUUUCGAGAAUCCGCUCGGCUCCGCUGCGCCGGAGGAGUCGAUCGUUUCCGCGCCAGAAACCGGGAACCGGCAGCAAUUUUCUUCAACGAUCGCGCAUCCCAAGUUUCGCAACUUCCGUCGCAACGAUCGUCCACUUCCGCGGAUGAAUUCGUUCGAAAGCGGCUCGUGAACGUGCGUGGAACAAAGGAAACGCCACUUUUUUUCCCUUUUUUUUUGGUGCACCUUCACCAAGAGAAUGUUUGGCGAGAAUUGAAGAGAAUUGAAGAGGGGCGAGGAAGAUCGGUGGUUUGGUUCGGUUCCUUGGAGGACUUGGAGGACUGCGUCGCUAUGGGACCAUCCUUGGAUGUUUCAGAUGCAUCCGCCAUCGCGGUAUCGCCGCGUAUCGAGGCGAAUCAAAGGUACGACACUUGAGCAUCUGCGACGAUCGAGUUCCAUCCACGGGGGCCAAUCAUCUUCGAAGAGGAUCGAACCACGCGGGAUCCAAGAGGAAUGGUCCCUUGGGCCUUUGGCGUCCCUCUCGUCCUCGUUUCUGCUCUGGGUCUUUUCCUAAACGGUUACGUGCUCCUCGUGGUUCUCGGGCUGGGUAAACAGACGCAGCAGCAACAAACCGCCAAUACUUUGUUGUUGAUACACUUGGGCGCGGUGGAGGCGGCUGUGUGCCUCAUAUUACUGAUCUUUACCACUGGUUCCUGGCCAAUCGCCGGCACCUGGUGCGUCCUACACGGUUUCCUUUUGGCUCUCUUACACCCGGUCGCCCUCUGGACUGUCACUGGAUUGAAUUGCGACAGAUAUUACGCGAUCGCGGCACCCCUGCAUUACGCCGCAUUGGUAUCACCACGACGCGUUGCAGUCGGCCUAGCUGCAUCUUGGACAGGGGCAUUACUCUUGUGCGUGCUCCCCUUCUGGGGCCUGGUACCACCUUACAGAUACAGCCCGGGCCUCGGUUGCUGCGCGCCGGACUUCGGCAACGACUCGUGGGGCUUGGCUGCCGCUCUCUACGGUGCCGUUUACGCGAUCCUGGGCCUGGCUCUGCCCGCGGUCCUCGUAACCGUGUGCAAUUUGCGCGUGCUCGGGAUCGCCCGUUAUCACAGGCAUCGGAUCGCCAGCGCGAUUUACGAGGUGACGUUGAGCGCCCAGGCGACCAUCACCCACCAACGGAACCCGUUUUUCGUACCCACUGUCACGGCACCUUCGGUCGUCAGCCCGCCCCGAUUUCACAGCGCAGCCAAAACGGUGAUGCAACUAGUCGGCUCUCUUUACUUGCUUUAUUUCCCCUAUUGCGGACUGAUUCUUUGGGAAGUUUGCGACGUUGGCGACCGCCAGUAUCUCUACAAUCACACGAAACUCGCUUCGUUGGCCUCCUUCCUGCUCGCCUGCUCACCGCCUAUCAACGGCCUCCUCUACGGAUUGAAAUCGCAGACCCUUAGACGAUCCGUGCAGAAUUAUUGGCGGAAGAAGGCGACGAAAUCGGAGCUGCAACAAGAGAUCCAAGCGCGGACACCGAGCGCGGCGGGAUCGAGAAGACCGUCCGGAAGCGGAACCGGCUCAUUCUUCCCUUUCCCGCCGUUGCAGCGAAGGCUGAGCGAGGCGCUGCUCGCGUUGGGAUCCUGCAGAACGGGGAACAGCUUCGACGGCAAUAAUCUCGGCUUUCAUCGAGCCAGGCUGCAACCCGCCGCCUCGUGCAAUACCCUUCGUGUCCCAACUUCCGAAUCAGGCGAGAGCAGUAAAUUAGUGAGGUCGAGCGCUAGCGCGGCGAGCCUGAUGGGCCCACAUUACAGAAGCGACUUCAUUGGCGCGGAUGUGGGCGCCGGUUGCUCCAUAGCGAUGAACGAGACACCGAGGAGAAGCCCUAGGAUACUUAUAACGAGAGCGUGCAGCGAGGAUAGCCAAGACGGUGGAAGUCCAAUGCUGAGGAAACCUUUUCUAGUCAAUGCUCUUCCCUGUGAUAAGCGAAGAUGGCGGCACUGCAGCACCGGAAGCGACAGCAGCACGGGCAGCAGCGAGGCAAGCGUAUGGACGACCGGAGUGGCGCAGAAACUCGCCAAGGCCAAUGCCAAGAGUUCAUCGGACAUGUGGUCUGCAUCGAGGAGACUCGUUCGUGGAAAAAAUUUAGAGGAGGGGGCCCUUCUCGUUGGCGCCAGACCCAGCAAUAACAGCGAGAGCAGCGAUACCACGGACACGACGGCCACCACAACCACCACGACCAUGCCCAGCAAAUUGACCACCGUGGAAAACGGAGGCUGUCGGGAGAAAGAGAAGGAAAAGAUGAACGGUGGAGGGAAGAAAGAGAGGGAGCAUAGCGAAAGCGACAACAGUUGGAGCAGCGUCGACGAGAUCGAGUCGAAGGAAAUGGCGGACAAGAGCAUGGAAGAGGAUAAUUUCGAGACGAUCGAGGAGGAAACAGAGGCAGAAAAGUGCAACCAAUUAAGGAGGAAAUCGAAAACGAUUCGAAAACCGGACGUUCCUCAGGAUUGCAAGGAGACCGCUCAAAGGCCCCUUCUCACCUCGUCAUCCUAAGUUUCCAUCCAGAACUUGUCAUUUAAAUUAUUAUCAUUUCUUUUUUUUUUCCCCUCUUCAUAAUUUUGUAUAUGCGACACACCGAUUUCUCAACGUGUUCGAAAUCCUCUCGAAACGGCUUGGUGAUCCUCCAAGUUUGGAUCGAAAGGAUUCUGUUAUUCUUUCUUAAGGAUUUUUGAGAUUGGAACAUUUGGUUCCAUAAAAAUCAUGGAGAAGAAGUUGGACGUGUUUCUGUAUGCUCGAUAUUCAGCCGCAAUGUAUCGACAUAUCCUGAAAUUAUAUUUUUAUACUUCCAACGAAAGAGCAACGUUAACGAGAGAAAAUUCGCGGUCUUCUUACGGUAAAAGAAAACACCGCGCAUAAAUCUCGAAAGAAAAAUUCGAUCCCCUUUAUGGAAAGAAAAAAAAGUUGGCUAUAUAGAUAUAUAUAUAUAAAAGUUACAGAGAUUUAAAGGAGUAUUGCCAUCGUGUUAAUGUUAAGAGAUGAUGGCCAAUAAUUUCUCUCAUCGAAUUUGAUGAUGUUCCUAAUUAAUGGGUUUGGUGAAAGACAGAAAUUUGACAGAGUAAAAUAAAUUAAAUAUUGACGAAAGUUAAUUUACCGUUCACAUAAUUUGAUCGAAUAAAUAAAUAAGCGUGCGAAAUUGACGUACAUUUUUCAGUUCAAUAUGGAUAAAAUGGAUAAUAUUUCCAUUUGAUAUCACGUACAAUUUUCUUCCUUUCUUUUUUCCUCUUUAUUUCAAGGAAAGUGAAAGUGAUUAAUAGAAGAAAGAAAAAAAUAUUUAGAGAAUAAAAUAUUAGGUAAUUUUUGAGAAACUUUAGAAGAAUCAGAACCCGGAGGAUGGAAUUAAUCCGAGAGAAAAAAAAUUUGCAUUGGAUUGGAACUGUAAAUGGGAAUGAGGAAGUUGGGAAGAGAGGGACUCAUCGAAAAAAUUUAAUCAUUGAUGCGUAGAUCAGUUAAUGUGGGCGGUCGUUGAUGCGAGUCUAUUGAUAGCAAACGAUAAGCUGCGUUCAUGAUAUACUAUACACGAGAAGAGAUACACGUUAUCAAAGAGUGGACGAGACAUGGACACUUUUUACCUAGCAAAUUUGUACAAUCAAUGGCCAACCACUGUGUUUGCACCGACACGGUGGAUUUAUUUGCAAUUAGGUGUAGCAAACAAUCACCUAAAAAAAAAAAAAAAAGUUAAAAAUGAUAUUAAUGUUGGUGGUUAUUGGAAUUGAUGUUUCGAAUUUUGUAGACGAUGGACGAAUUUAACGUGUGUGUGUGUAUGUGCGUGCGUGCGUGUGAACGUGUAAAUCGAGUUCAAAAUGUUCUUAUUUUUAAGAAUCGUUGAAACUGGAGAAGAAAAUUAUUUAUUGUUUUUUAUGGAGUAGGCGAGUAUGUUGUACACGAGAACAAAAUUUUAGAAGGGAAAAAAAGAAAAAAAAAAAA